AUGAUUGAACCAACGGCUCAUGAAAAGCGACCAAAGAUUGCCGAGUCAGAAACCAAAAGUUUGCGGAGAAAGCCCCUCCCGCCAUCGAUAUUUUCACGCCCUAAAAAGAUCGCAAUCAUCAUCCUCGUAUCCGCCAUGACCUUUAUUGGGCCGGCCUCGGCAGGGAUAUAUUAUCCAUCUUUAGCUCCUCUUGCCAGAGAUCUCCACGUCUUGCCGAGCCAGAUCAGCUUCACCAUCACUGCAUACAUGGUACUAUUUUGCCCCAUAUUGCUUCAGAACGAGCUAAUUCGUCCCCGACAGCUCUGCCAGGCCGUAUUUCCGCUACUGAUCGCGGGUAUGUCGGAUGAGCGAGGGCGCCGACCUGUGUUAAUCUUCAGUUUAAUUGUAUGCAUCGCCACCAAUAUUGGUCUCGCGCAACAGACUACCUUCGUCGGACUACUGAUUCUUCGCUGCUUGGAGAGCUGCAGCGGUAGUAGUGUCUCCAUUGUCUCGAUGGCUAUAGUUAGCGAUAUCCUUCGUCCCAUUGAGCGCAAGGACUAUCGAAUCUACACUUCGGUGGGCUAUUCAAUAGCCCCAGUCGUCAGCCCAAUUAUCGGCGGUCUUCUCUCACAGUUUUUCGGCUGGCCAAGUAUUUUCUACUUCUUGGCUGCUGUGGCGGGAGUUGUGUUGCUCCUUGCCACCACCGUUCUCCCAGAAACCUGUCGUGGGCAGGUCGGAAAUGGUAGCGUGCCCCCAAAGCGAUGGAAUAGCCCUAUUAUAGAGCUGUUCUGGCCGCCGUCUAGUCCUCCUCCGGACUAUACCACUUGCAUCCCACCAAAAAGGCGAUCCACAAUUCUCCAAACAAUCCAGCUCGCGUUUCGAAAGCAAAAUUUCUUACUAAUUCUCUUCCAGGGAAUUUUCUUUGGUGGUUCUAUUGCGAUAGUCGUCACCGUCCCGCUUCUAUUCACAGCGCGAUACCACUUCAACGUCCUCGAAGUUGGCGCUACGCACCUCUCCUACGCGAUAGGGGGUUUCACGUCGCGUUGGAUAUUUGGUCCAUUAAUGGGCGCCAAUAUGCGACGACACAAGCGAUUAGCUGCAGUAGGCGAGGCAACCCAAUUCGGCGAACCAAAAAUCGUCCACAUUGAGCGAGCCCGGCUUCAGGUAGUCCUUCCCACCGUUUAUCUGGGGAGUGCAUUUGUCGUAGCCUACGGUUGGGUUCUGCACUACGACCUGCACGUCGCGGGUCCAAUAGUGAUACUGUUCUUUCUGGGCAAUGCGUUGACGGGUGCGAGAACACAACUGACGGGGCUGAUCUUGAGUCUACACGUACAUCAGCCCGCCGGUGCCUUAGCCGCUACCAAUUCCUUUCGCUUCCUCUGCGGUGCAGGGGCUGUGGCCGCAGUCAAUCCACUGAUCAAAGCCGUGGGAACGGGCUGGAUGGGUAAUAUGAUUGCCCUGAUAUACCUGGGGGCUUCUAGCCUUCUGUGGGUUGUAUACGUACACGGACACAGGUGGCGUCCGGCAGGAAUACAGAUCACCAGUAGUGGCGAAUAA